AUGAAUUCAAUAUGGGUGACGGUACCCCAACUGCCACCUGUGACCGCCUAUCUAGAGGCUCGUGCGUCCAAAAAAAGUUGCAUAGAUUAUUCGCUGCAUAAGGUCCCGUUCGUUGUCACUCUGCUUACGCCUUUGAUCUUCUGCAGCUUUCAGAUCGUCAAUUUCAUUUUACACUCUAUCAACAUGUCUGCCAUAGGUUCCUUGAUUUUCUGUACGGAUUGUGGUAAUCUCCUGCGAGAAUCUACUGGCAAUGCGAAUGCGAUUCUGCACUGUGAUGUCUGCGGCACUCGGAAUAAAGAUACAAUUCCCCAAACAACCGUGUCUGAGUCCAAGCCGUCCGCAUUCCCCUCAGCAUUGAGAGCCAAACGAUCGGCAGUCCAGACCCUGUCAGCAGAGGACCGGAAGACUGAGGCUAUCAUUGAUCGCACAUGUAACGAAUGCGGGAGGAAGGAGAUGUUCUACACUACAGUGCAACUGCGCAGUGCCGAUGAAGGAAGUACCGUGUUCUACAGAUGUGUCUGCGGAUUCAAGGAAACCUCCAACAAUUAA